AUGGCUGAUGAUUUAAAUGCAGAAGCCGCUUCAUCGGCGACAGCAUCGGAAAAGAACGAAGUAAUAAUCCCAUUUGAUGAGUCGCUUGAAUUAAUUCAUAGCGAUACAACUGACAAGGAACACACGGAAGAUGUAACUCCUGACAAAUGUGCAAUCAACACAGUAGACAUUAAUGAACCAAUCGGUAGUAGUAGUGAAGUAAUUAACAGCUUGAUAAUGACCACAGAACAUGAUAUAAGUAAUGAAGAUUUAGAAAUAAAGGUUGAUGAAAAACACACCAAUGAAAAGCUAUUGGUUAUUGACAGUGAAAACAAAAUUGAUCAAAUUGAUACAGGUGUAACUGAAUGCUUGGAUAAUGACGAGCCUGCUAUGUCCGUUCCUAAAGUUGAAAACAAAAUUAUGGAAUCAAACAGUAAAAUUGAAAUUAAUAUUGACCAAGCUGACCAAAUAGUUGCCCAAGAUAUUACAGACCCACCAACAAUUGAUGUUUUAACAUCCAUUAGAAACAAUGAUUCCAAUGAAUAUAGUGGUGAAGAUAAAAUUAUAAAUGAAGAAUGUCUGAAUCAAAAUAAUAUGGUAUUAAAUUCUGAAAUACACCAAAAACAUCAACUACAAAAUGACUUGAGUGAUUCACUUUUGAAAACAAGUUCUAGACCACAACGUCAAGCUGCAAAAAAAGCAGAAAAUCAAAUCAGAGAAAUAGCUAAGGAAAUAAUCAAACCUAUUGAAAGUAUUGAUGACAAAAUUAUAGAUACAGUUGAAGAGUUAUCAUCUCCAUUAAAAAAAGUGUGCUGCCAAUGUAACAGGUUUCGUUUAUGUAAAUUUACUGUAAAUGACCAUAAGUCUAUCUAUUUGUGCCAAGAAGAGUGUGUAGAAAACUACCGUAAGAAAAAUAGUCAGUGCGACUUUGAAAAAAAAUGCCAGUGUUGUCAAUCAGUUAUCUUAGAAAACGAAGAUAAGAGUUACUAUUGGCAAACAAAACAUUUUUGUUCAGUAAAUUGCUUAAGAGACUAUCAAAAAACAGUUUUUGAUUCACAUUGUAAAAACUGUCAAAAUGUUAUAACCUCAGAUGUUGAAUUACAACAAUAUUGUCGAUAUAUUUCUGGUAAACUAUUAGAGUUUUGUGGGGCUUAUUGCACUGAAAGUUAUGAAAAUAGGUUAAGUUUGUGCGGUUUUUGUCAAAAGGAUUUAAUUGAUUGUGAUUUUGAAGAUUUCUGUUCAUCAUUUUGUCAAACUAAAGAUUAUGAAUCAAGAAGAAAACACACUGAACCAGAUAGUUCUGUUGUGGAUUAUGGUUCAAAUGAUAAAACUCAAGUCAUUGAUAUAUGCAAUGUGUGUUUCUGUAAAUUAAAUUCUUCACCCACAAAUGAGUUUCAAAUAUUAAGUAAUACAAAUAGUUUAUUUAAGUUUUGUUCAAAUGAAUGUUUAAAUAAAUUCAUUGUAUCAAAAAAGAGAACUGUUUCUUGUUCAUUAUGCAAAGUUAAAAAGUUUAACAUUGAUAUGAUUUCUACCAAAAAUGUAUCUUCUAAUAGUCCUACAUAUAUGUGUUCAACAAGUUGCAUUGAUCAACAAAAACAAUUAGCAGCAGCAAAAUUUAAACAGGUUUGUGAUCAUUGUGGGCUUUUAUGUCUUGCACAUUUUAAUACGACUCAUGUUGGAACAAUCUACAACUUCUGUAGCCAAAAAUGUUUAAAUUCAUUUCAACCGGAAAAAAAACAAAAACCCAAGUCUAAAUCUAAAAAUGGAAAAAAAUCUUCAGCUUCACGAAUAUCUACUCGGCAGUCUGCACGUAAAGAAGAUAAUAAUGUUGAUAGUGAUGGAGUACAUAAUUCUCAACAAAAAACUUUUAAAGUGAAAAAAAAAGUUGGUAGAAAAAUAAGUCACAAAAAUGCGGUAUCUAAAGUUGAUAAAGAAGUACAAACAGAUCAAACUGGUAGUAAAUCAGUGAUAAUACCGAUUCCAGUGCCAGUUUACAUUCCAAUGCCUAUGCAUAUGUAUGUAAUGCCAUAUCCAGUACCAGUGCCAUUUCCAAUACCUUUACCUAUUCCAAUUUUUAUUCCUACAACUAAAAAUACUACUAAAGCAAUAUUGAAGGAUAUAAAGAAAAUUAGAGAAGAAACGCCAGCUGAUCCAUUUGAAGCAGAACUGUUGUUAAUGGCUAACAUGGUAGCUAACGAUCUAAAACCUGAAACUGUUUCAUCGUCAGAUAGUGAAAAUGACGUAUCAAAUAAUGAAUACAAUGAUGACACAAAAGUUGUUUCAUCAAGUGCUCGUAACAUCAAUUCUUUUGGAGAUGAUGUUCUCGCAAUAGCCUUGAAUAUGGCCGGAGCAGAUACAGAAAGUCUUGAAGGGGCUGAUGAGAUAUCUAAUGAUCAAAGAAAUCAAAUUAUUGAUGAUGUUGAAGCAAACUUAGUUUCUUCUACAAUUAUGCCUCAAACACCUGAUCCAAUGGAGAAUAUAACCCAAGAAAAUAUGAUAUCUUCCCCUCAAGAUAUGUUAUGUCGACCUCCAAGAAAACGUGCACCUCGUUCACAGUCUCAGCGUAACUCAAAUUCAAAACGGUCUCGUAAAACUGAAUAUCCUCAGGCACAAUGCAUCCCAGCAGGAUUAAUACAACAAGUUGUACAAAAUCCUAUAUACACCAUUCCGAUGACUGUAGUUAAACCUGAUGCAAAUAUGUGUCUCAAGUAUACAUUAGGAGUUAAUGCCUGGAAACAGUGGGCUUGCACAAAAAGUAUAGAAUUCGAGAAAACAUUAUCUAGUUAUGUGUGUGGCGUGAAAAAGACAAAUAUAUUUAAGUUGGACCUCCUGCAGUUAACAGCUAAUGAAUUAAAUUAUUGUUUGUGCUUGUUUGUGAAAGAGGUACGCAAACCAAAUGGAAGCGAAUACGCGCCAGACACAAUUUAUUAUCUGUGUUUAGGCGUUCAGCAAUAUUUAUUCGAAAAUGGACGAAUAGAUAAUAUAUUUACUGACAUGUCUUUUGAAAAAUUUACCGAUACUUUAAAUGAAAUAGCUAAAAGAUUCACUGAACUCUAUAAUGAUACAAAGUAUAUUGUUACACGAGUUGAAGAAGAGUAUCUUUGGGAGAGUAAACAGCUCGGGGCACAUUCUCCUUACGUAUUGUUAUGCACAUUGAUAUUUUUCAAUACCAAACAUUUUAAUUUGACAAGUGUUGAAGAACAUAUGCAACUAUCAUUUUCACAUAUUAUGAAGCAUUGGAAAAGAAAUCCUAACCAGCCAUCAACAUCUGGAGUUAAAGCACCAGGAACGUACAGAAAUGUAUUACUGCGUUUUUAUCCUCCACAGGCAUCCAUUGACUCACCAAAUUCUCGAAAGAAAAAAGUGUAUGAGCAGCAUGAGAAUGAAGAAAAUUCAUUGAGAUGUCCUGUAAAGCUGUAUGAAUUCUACUUAUCAAAAUGCCCAGAAAGUGUUAAAACAAGAAAUGAUUUGUUUUACCUCACUCCUGAAAGAUCUUGUGUACCCGAUAGCCCUGUAUGGUAUUCAACUUGUGCAUUAAAUAAAGAAUCACUUGAAAAAAUGCUCAAUCGAGUUAAAAUGGUAAAAGAAAUCAAUGUAGCUUUGUUAUCUUCAUAG